AUGGCUCCAAAGACCUUCACCAAGGACGAAGUUGCCUCCCACAAAGACCCCAGCGGCUCCGGCCUCUGGAUUAUCGUUGACAAUGAAGUCUACGACCUCACCAAGUUCGCCGACGAGCAUCCCGGCGGUAAGAAGAUUCUCUUGCGUAACGCUGGAACGGAUGCCUCGAAACCAUUUUGGAAGUACCACAAUCAGGCGAUUCUGAACAAGUAUAAGGCGAAGUUGCAUAUUGGCUCCGUUGGAGGUGGAGCGAUCGGCGUCACCCCCGCCACCUCCUACGCUGCUCCUAUGCCCUCCGGCUCUAAAUCCACCCCCGUCCAAGACGACGAAGCCGAAAUCCAGUACUUUGGCGACAUGAACCCCUACGCCGACCCCUCCUGGUACCAAGGCUGGCACUCACCCUACUACAAGCCCCACCACCACGCUCUCCGCGCCGAGAUCAGGGAGUUUGUCGAGACGGAGAUUGAGCCAUUCGUGCACGAGUGGGAUGAGGCAAAGGGAAUGCCGAACACCAUUUAUGAGAAGAUGGGACAGAGAGGAUGGUUGGCGGGGUGUUUGGGUGUGAAGUAUCCCACGAAGUAUACGGAUGUUAGGUGUAAGUCCGUUCCGCCUGAGAAGUGGGAUCAUUUCUGUGAGUUGGUUAUUACGGAUGAGUUGUCGCGUUGUGGAUCUGGAGGUGUUGUUUGGAAUUUGUUGGGUGGCUACGGUAUCGGUUGUCCCCCUGUCUUGAAGUUUGGGAAUGAGGAGGUGAAGAAGCGUAUUCUUCCCGACGUCUUGAGUGGCAAGAAGAGGUUUUGUUUGUGCAUCACGGAACCCGAUGCGGGGUCUGACGUCGCCAACCUCGUCACCUCUGCCAAGAAGACGGCGGAUGGGAAGCACUACAUCGUCAACGGCGAGAAGAAGUGGAUCACGAACGGCCUCCUCUCCGACUACUUUACUGUCGCCGUCCGCACGGGCGGCCCCGGCAUGAACGGUAUCUCCCUCCUCUUGAUCGAGAAAACCAUGCCAGGCGUAACCACCCGCCAAAUGAAGUGCCAAGGUGUCUGGGCCUCCGGCACCACCUACGUCGAAUUCGACGACGUCAAAGUCCCUGUCGAGAACCUCAUCGGCAAAGAAAACAAAGGCUUCAAAGUGAUCAUGACCAACUUCAACCACGAGCGUAUCGGGAUUAUCAUCCAAGCUAACCGAUUCGCGCGAGUCUGCUAUGAAGAAGCGUUCAAGUACGCACAGAAACGCAAGACGUUCGGGAAGAAAUUGAUCGAACACCCCGUCAUCCGCGACAAAUUCGCAAACAUGGCUCGUCAAAUCGAAGCAACCCACGCAAACCUCGAACUCGUCAUCUACCAAAUGGAAAAAAUGGGAGACGUGGAAGCUAUGUUGCGUCUCGGUGGUGCAGUCGCUGGUCUCAAGGCGCAGAGUACGAAGGUGUUUGAGCUUUGUGCGCGUGAGGCGUCUCAGGUUUUCGGUGGUUUGAGUUAUUCGAGGGGAGGGCAGGGUGAUAAGGUUGAGAGGUUGUAUCGGGAUGUCAGGGCUUAUGCUAUUCCUGGGGGGAGUGAGGAGAUUAUGCAGGAUUUGAUGAUGAGGCAGGGGAUGAAGGUUGCGCAGGCUCUUGGUGCGAAGUUCUAA